AUCGUGUCAUCGGACAGUCCUCCGCCCCCACGUCGAGCACAUCAGGGUAGGACUCUGAUCGUUCCUCUAAACGCUAGCCGAUAUCGUAUGCCAAUUGCUCCACUCUUGGGUACUCCUGAUAGUCGAAUAACCUCGUUCGAAGGAGGGACGACGAAAAGCUGCGCGACAAUUCUAGAAGAUAACGAAGACGAGUCGCCUAUUUGUGAGCAAAUCGACGACUUCAUCUCCACAGACAGGGUGAAUAAACUGUUGAGCUCACGAUUGUGUGAGCCGAAACCGGAUUUUUAA